AUGAGGUUCUCUUUAUUUCAUGUAAAAAAAAAAAGGUGUCCCCCCGGGAUUAAAGGAUUUCGCUACCUGUCUUCCAAAAAGAUAUCCAACUAUUACACCCCCCAAGGACCAAGCGUUAAAGACAUGGACGAUGAAUACAGGAAAUUUCUUCAGAUGAAAAGAAAAGAAAAGAUUUUACCUGAAUAUGACAAAAUUACAAACAUAGACAUUAAUACAUUCAAAAAGUAUAAACACAAAAAUAACCCAAUUUUUUCCACCGAAUUUAAGGUGUUUAUAACUGGUUUUUUAAUUUGUGGAUGGUGUGUUUUUGCUAUUUAUCUGACUAUAAGGAUUAUGUCCCCCGAUGAUUUUGAAUGGGUAGAAAGUGAAAGGAAGAGGUUGGAGGAUGCCAAAAAGAAAAUUAUGAUUAUAAAGGAUAGGGAAAAUAAAGUAGACAACGUGUGA